ACAGGUGCAGGUGAUCACCCAGAAGCCUUACGUCUACACAGUCGCCUCUGCCGCUCUGCCCCUCGUAACUAAACUGUAAUAAAGUAACGCUUUAAGUUACUUACAGACAGUGAUGUAGGUCAGGUCAGAUCUUCUCUCGGUUCAUUUCUCACCUGAGGAAGAGGAGGAGGAAGACUGCGGCUCAUGGCUGUGAUUUACGUCGCUUUCUUGUUGGUGUGCUGUGUUCAGUGGGACGAGACUUUCCUCGCAGCCGCUCAGACCUGUGUGGAUGAGAGCAGGUUUAAAGAGCAGGUGCUCUAUGUGGGGCAGCAGAAGCCUCCAUUUCGGUUGGACUGCCCCCUGGAGCUUGUUCAGCCCCAGAGCUCCCCGCAGCUCAAGCUGACCUGGCAGAAGGACUGCCAGCAGCUCGUCGCCCAGGAAGGGAAGGCCUCCCUGGAGUUCUCCAGCCUCAGCUUGGAGGACCAAGGGAAUUACACAUGUAUGCUACAGGACAACAGCACCGCCUCGUUCACUGUGCGUCUCAUAGUUAAAGAGUCCCAGUGCUCCAAAGCCCCAGAGUUUAAACCUGACGGGGGCCAGACCAGACUCUGGAGGAAUGUGGGAUCUUCUGUGAUACUGAACUGCACCGCCCUCCUCCUCUGGGACCCGACAGAGGAGCAAUGUGACACCACGCUGCAGUGGAGCAAAGAUGGCCAACCCCUCGCCAAUCACACACUCUACAUGCAGAAUACUUCUUCAUGGUCUCCUGUUGCCGGCCAGCUGAUGGUAAACAGUCUCCUGGUGAUCACCCUCAGACAGCUGGACGAUUUUGGACUCUACAGCUGCACAGUCAGGAACUUUUCCUCUGACUUUCGCCUCGACAGUUCAAUAAACAGCCCCAGCCACACAGCUGCUGUCAUUGCAGCCAUCCUCCUCCUCCUCCUCCUGGCUGUAGCUGCUCUUGUGUACUCCAGGUGUCACCUGAACAUCAAACUCUGGUACAAGAACUCAUACGGAGAAUAUGAACUCAAUGAUGGCAAAUUAUAUGAUGCCUAUAUCUCCUAUGUGAACAAUGAUCAUGACAGGAAGUUUGUCAACUUUAUUCUCAAACCUCACCUGGAGAAUAAAAAUAUAUACAAGGUGCAUCUGAAUGACAACGAGAUCCUACCUGGCUCAGAACCCUCUGCAGAGCUGCUGAUGAACAUGAGUCGCUCUCGCCGUCUGAUCGUGUUGCUCUCUCACGCUUACCUUGAUCAGGACUGGUGCUCCAAUAACUUCAGACAGGGCCUUCUGCACUUGUUGGAGAUAUGUGAACGUCCCAUCCUCAUCAUGUUGGAUGGUCAGUGCAAACGCAUGAGGCCUGAGAUCAAGCAGUUGCUCAGUGAGCAUCAGCACUGCCUCACCAUACUCACCUGGAGGCACAACUCCGUGAUUCCCUCCUCAGUCUUCUGGAAGGAACUCGCCUUAGCGAUGCCUCGCAAAGUCGUCUUCCACAGUGAGUCUGCAGGCGACGCUCAGACGAUGCUACAAGAUGACAAAGAUCCCAUGCUGACCCUCAACCCUGACUAUCUGGACUGCAGCUCAGACACUGACCCUGCUGGAGAUCUGGGGCUGCGUCUCCCUGUGUACAAGGCUCUGGCCUGUAAAGCUCCUGUCCUCCCCGCUGCUACCAUCACUGCAGCUGAGCCCAAACCCUUGGACAUCGACGUAUCGGACCUGGGAUCACGCAACUACGGAGCUCGCUCAGACUUCUACUGCCUUGUCACUGAGGAGGACAUGUGAUCCACGUCCCCUCGUUUGUGUCUUUCCUGUACAGUGUGUCGUUAAAAUCAAAGUGUUACCGUCAUUGUUUCUAACUACCAAAGACUUUUUUGAUGUUUUUUUUACUGAUUUUACUGUUAUGAAGAAAUUAUGUAAAUUAUCUGUGUCAAUCAGGAGAAUAAUUAACAUAUGUAUCUAUAUAUCAUUUUUUAAUGAUUUUUAUUUCACAGCCAAGGUUUCUCAUGAAGUCCCCAGCAGAGGGCAGAGCAAUGUCAGAAAAGAUUGCUGCUUUGGUUUUUCUUGUCUUAAUCUGACAGCUGACAGAAAAAAAAAAUAUUAGAGGUUCCUAAAGUCAGAUUUGAACACUUGUAUCCAUUUGUACGUCAGAUAGCGCAGGAGGACGCUCACGACUGAAGAAUUCACAGUUCUUGACCUUUUCUGCACAGGUGGAGGCUUUGUUUGUGUGAUGUAACCCUGCUAUGAUGACAACAUGGCAGUCACGCUAAUAAAGCAGAUUGACUAAA